CGUUCGUCAAAAUCCUCUUACCCACACAGCAAAAUUUUAAUUUGAAGUGAUGGAGACUAUUGAGCAGGAUGAAUUGCGAAACAAUGAAGUGUGACUGAGUAGAGAAUAAGUGUGUCCAUCAUCAAGGACGAAGAUAAGAAAUGCUUAUUCGUUCGAAGGAAUUUUUUCUUGGGAAUAUCAAUCUUAUGUCGAUUUUGAAUUAAUUGAAUUCGCACAAUGAUUGAAAACGACAUUGUGUUCCCAAGCACAAAGAUUUAGCUUUCAUUGCUUGUCACAAAGCAGUUUUGGCAAUCAAAAUAUGGUAAGAUUGUUCUUGAGCAAUAUAGCGUUAGUUGGUAGCAAUGUUGGAUAUCAGCUGGCUUGCAAAUGUUAAUUCACUUGAACCAUUGUGUGCGUGAAGUGUGUGUCGCUCGCAGUGAAUAUUAGCUGCCAGCUUACUAUCGUACAUCGUCAGGGGAGGUGAUAGCGAAUAGUGACGUGUGGAUAUAAUUUAAGUGUUUUGAUGUAGCGGGGGCACUAGUCUUUCGUUCGUCACUGUUUACACUCUUUCUUGUGGUCAAGACAGUAAAUCAGAUUGAAGGUCUACUUACUGUCUGUCACAAUGAAAGUCUUAGUUUUUGUAGUUGCCCUUUUUGCUGUAGCAGCGGGCGAAUUUUGUUAUAGUUCUACGAAAUUAUCAUGUGAACAAGAUACUACAAAAGGUGUAAACUGCACAGCUGCGUAUGGUUUGGCUCACAAUUACAUUCGAGACUUGCAAAUAUAUGCUAAUAUGCAUAUAACCAGAAAUUUCCAGUACUUAUUAAUGUCAAGUCAUUUUGGCAAUUAUAGAAAGGAGAGAGAAGGGUUUAAAAAACUGUACAGAAAAUUAUCUGAUACUGCUUGGCAAGAUGCAAUUGAUUUAAUAAAAUAUAUAGCUAUGCGAGGAGGGAAAAUGGAUUUUCAUUAUGAUGAAGAUGGAUCUGAUGUAACAAGAUCAACAAUAGCUAUGAGUGAAUUGGAAAGUUUAGGUAAAUCUUUGGACAUUCAAAAGAAGCUGGCUUUAAAAGCACAUGAAAUAUACAAAGCUUCUCACAGGCAUGACCCUGAGAUCAGUGACUAUGUGGAGGACAAAUUCAUGCAUAAGCAUGCUAAGACUAUUCGAAACCUUGCAGGGUAUACUCGUGACUUGUCUAGGCUGUUGGAAGGGGAAAAGGAUACAUCAGCUGUUGGGUUGAAACUGUUUAUUCUUGAUUCAUAUUUGGAGAAAGUUGUGUAAAUUUUUUCUUGAUGCUCCUAAUUUCUAAAUGUUAAAAUUAUGUCCACUCUUAUAAUUUGAAUUGUAGAUUCAAAAAAUUGUCUUGUGUUAAUACCAUCAAUUUUACUAUUAGGCAUUUGCCAAAAAUUGUCUAAAAAUGUUUGUUUUUUAACUGUUGUAAUGUAUAUUAUCCUUGCGUAGGUGCAAGUUUUUGUGAAAUUAGUGACGUACAAAAUUAAUUUUUACAUCAAAAUGAAGUUUGGAAUAAAUUUAAUAUUAAAAUUUUGAAGUUUUAGAUUUCAGUUUUGUCUUCAUUAGUUUUCAAAUGAUUCGAUAUGAUGAGACUGUUCAUCUUUCUGAAUGAAACCUUAACUGUUAAUUUUUAUACAAGCCUUGUUGGCAGUUGUAAAUCUGUAAUCUAUAUUAGUUAAAUAAAAUCAUGUUUUAAAGAUACACAAUGCCCUAAAUCAUUAAGUAUGUGUGUUUUUAACCCUUCAAUGCCCAGAGCUUGGAUUUGCGACUUUACUCUUAGUGGGCCUCAGAGGCCUGGUCUGAAUAAAACACUAAUUUGGGGCUGGGAUGAAGAAGUAAAUAAUGCAAUGAUUUUUAUUAUUAAAUAAAUUUGUAUUUGAAACUUUCAACACAUAUGGAAUUUUACAUAUUUCAUUUGCAACUGUAACAUAUAACUCCUUUUUUGAUGUUUUGGUAGAAGUUUGUUUUCGCCCAUAAAGCACCCCAAUUUAUUUUUUAUUUAUUAUUUUUUCUUUUCUUUUCCAAAUAUUCAAUAAAUAGCACUUGGCCUCUUUAUUUUCUUUGGAAAUGAUCUAUAGAACUUCCAAACUUUUGCCCCGGAGAAUCCAGAUGACUUGAAGAGCAUUUAAGGUUUGUUUGAAGUUUUAAGGGUUUCUCGUUAAUCUUUUCAGAUUAGCACAGGAAAGUUCUUCUGCCAGUUGCAUAUACUCUUUUCCCAAUGGCAAUAGUCUUGAAUAAUUUUAGUGAAGAUUACGUAUGCAUUCGAAGCAGCAAUGUUAAUCUUGUCAUAAAAUAACCUCAUUUGUCAUUGAUGAGUAUGCCUUCAAGAUGUGAAAUUGGUGAUCCAUCUCACAGUUCAGAUGGCAUUUUCUGCGGGUUAGUUUAUAGUGAAAUUCACCUUGGAAUAUGGACAAAAAAUUAUCAGGAACUCUUAAACUGUUAUCAGUUGUGAAGUUAUAACCGCCAGUAAAUGAUGAUUGUACCAAAUACUUAACUAUUUUCGUUACAAAAUCUUUUGUAACAUGAUCAUCUUUUCUUUUGCUAUUAUAUAUUUUACCAUUUAGUGUAAAUACAUUCGUAGAAACCCAGUACUAAAAACUGUUUAUUCCAUAUUUAUGUGUUCAUGAUUUGUGUUUCUUGUCAAGUAAAUAAUAAAGUCUGGAAUGAAAAGGAAUAAAUUCCGACAACAUAAAUGUGUUUCACAUGGGUUAAAAGAUCCAUCGAGGAAAAACCAACUACUGAGCCUGGGAGGCCCACAUAGUGGACAUCACAACUACGUACAGAAAAUAUUGAAAAUAUGAAAAAUGUUCGUGGCUUAUUGGACCACUCUUUGCUAUAAGAAAAGAAACAUAACAGAAGGUAUCAUGAGAGGACACUCCUGUCAUGUUAAUAGAAAAAUAUUUACACCAUUAAGAAAUACAGCUGGGUCUCUGAGGCCCACUAAUUGCACUGAAGGGUUAAUAUUAUUGAUACAAUAACAUUGGAUACAUGUGGUUGUUCCUGAGAUUUGUGUUAAUUCAGAUAAAACUGAUAGAUUUGAUUCGGAAACAAUUCUGUUGCUGAAUAUUACUUGGAAUCCAUUUUUACUGGUCUAGUAUGAGUUCAAUUGUCUCAAAAUAAUUUCAUACUUUGUUUAUAAAGUGUUUUGUAAAUCAGUGUUGUUCAUCAGUGUUUUGAUUGAUCAAAACCAUAAAAUAAUAGUGAUGAUGAAGAUAAAGAUAAUAGUACAUGGUUCACAAAUGGCAGAGGUUUUUGUUUUAUGCUGUCAGUCAUUUUUGGCUUCUGUGGACAUUUACUGUUUUGUAAAUUUCUAUGUGCUUGUUAAACUACAAUGCAUUGGAUUCAAUAAACUCUGGCGUAUAAAUGAAGUGAUAUUUAUCUACAUAAUGUUUUUAUUCGGUCAAUAUUUGGA